GUUUUUUUUUCUCUGCUUGGCCCCGCCUCCCCACCCCCCGUUUACCUUUAUCCGAACCCUUUUAUUUGUAUGCAGUCUCCAAAGAACAUAACUGGCAAGCGGAAAAGACUGGGCACUGACACCACUUCCACCAGCAAUUGUAUCGCGAGUGCAGUAGACGAUAGACGACGAUCAAGUGCUGCUGCUAGUACCACUAGUGACAGCAGCACCAGUACUACUUUUACUAUUGACGACAACCACGAUCCCACCGCCCUUCGAAAACCGACGUGUUCCAUAUGCAUACAACCCUACAUUCGCCGCACAUUCCUACAACCAUGCUACCAUUCCUUUUGCUUCCAGUGCAUUCGUCAGUGGAUCAACAUUGUGCCCAACUGUCCGUUAUGCAAGCAACUGGUUGAUUCCCUGGUCUACAAUAUGGACGAAACAACAAAGACGUUUCAAGAAUACAGCCUGGCUGCGAACGCUGCUAGUGACAGUCCUCACGACCCUUCUCCUGAACCGCCGCCGACGACGCUUCAGGAUAGUGUUUUGCCGUUACGCCGUCAGAUGUAUCUUCAUCCUCGUUCUUUCAGUCGUGUCAUUUAUCCUCCUGUUCUAAAUCGAUUUGCUGGUGUGCAUUAUAUCACCCCAGAGCAUAUUCCCAAGGUUAGCACGUUUCUAGCACGCGAAAUACCAGCCAUCAUGGGUAAAACGUCCGAUACAUUCACCGAGCGGCAUAUCCAGGCUGUCCUGUUAACGCCCUAUGAAGCAAACAAGCAACAACAGCAACGCAAAUCCACAUCGACUAGGAGCAGCAGUAGUAGUACUAACAGCAGGUCGUUUUCUUUUUCCAAUACCAGAAGCAACGCUUCCACUGCUACUACUAGUAAUAGCAGCAGCCAGAUGAUGUCAAUGUAUGAUCCAAAUGUGAUCCAGGAGUUGGGAGAGUGGCUGACGAUCGGCGCCAAGGACGUGGAUGGGGCGAUUGUGGCGCGAAGGUUUAUCGAUGAGGUCAUGGCAUUCAUUAAGAGUGGCAUGGAUUAUUGGACCUAUGUCGCCACAGCAAAGUAUGAAGAAUAGAUAGCCACGAUUCUUUUUCUGUAAAUAUUAUAUACACUUUCUCUAACGCCCAGAGAAACUUGGACUGUACAUAAUGAUAAAAGUUUCUUUUCAGCGGUUA